GCGAAUAUGGCUUGUAUAAGUACAGAGACUGAAAAUGUCACCGUUGAAUCUGUUGUAACAGAAAACGAUACGCAUCUCAACAAACCUCAAGAUGAUGCCCCACGAUUAAUAAAAGAUUAUAAAACUGAAUGCCAGACAGACUACUUUUCUGUAAAGUCAAAAACAGACAAAUUAAAUGCCCAAGCCAGCAUGAGCAGUGGAAAGAAAGGUACCCCUUUUAUUCAGUUGCAUCAGCGCUAUUCCAGGUCAUACCAAGAAAAUUGCACCAGUCUAUCUCCAAAAACUGGGCGUACUCUUAUGGCCAAGGUCAAGUCUUUUGAGAAAUCAAAUAAUAUUUCCAAAUGUGUUGAUGAACAAAAAGAAAAGCCUUCUCCUCCUGUACGCCGUUUUUCAGAAAAUGUUAUCCAAAGCCAAUACAGCCUAUUAGCUAGCAAGCUAGAAAAUGUUGAUAGUGGUUUAAAAGCACCUUGCUCUCCUAGACUAAAUAGUAGUGUGAAAGAUAAAAUAUAUACCCGAUUUGAUUACGAGCCAAAGGCAAAGGAGCUGGCCAACAAUUUAAACAUCCGUACCAAAGGAAAAGUGCUGUCUGCUAUAUCAGUCAUCGAGAAUUCUCAGAAAAUAUCCCCUGUAUCGAGUUUAGAUGAGUCAAUUAAAACGAAUGAACGAUUCUCGAACUUGAAAGAAGUUGAAUUGAACCAAGAUGUUAUACCAAGACACGAUGUUCCAGUAUCGGUCGU